GCGGCGGCGGCAGUGGCGGCGGCGGCGGAGGAGGCAGCGGCUGCCGCCCGUUUCCUGGUGGCCUGUCGGCUGCUGCAGGGCGGGAGGAUGCGGCGCAAGUCCCGGCUGCUGCUGUGCUUCGCCUUCCUCUGGGUCCUGGGCAUCGCCUACUACAUGUACUCCGGGGGCAGCGCCGCGCUGGCCGGCGGAGCCAGGAAGGAGGACCCAAAUAGUAUUUCAUUAAACAAAAAAGAUCAACGCAAUAAUAAUGGAGAUGAGAAGUCACAAAGCAUGGAGACCCUACCUCCAGGAAAGGUUAGGUGGCAGGAGUUUGACCAGGAAGCUUAUAUUGGAGUUACCAUGGUCAAAGCUGGUCAAGACCCAUAUGCUCGUAAUAAAUUUAAUCAAGUGGAGAGUGAUAAACUGCGCAUGGACAGAAGUGUACAAGAUACUAGACAUGAUCAGUGCCAGAGGAAGCAGUGGCGGGUAGAUUUACCAGCAACUAGUGUGGUAAUCACCUUUCAUAAUGAGGCACGGUCAGCUUUGCUUCGAACAGUUGUCAGUGUUCUCAAAAAAAGCCCACCCCAUCUUAUUAAAGAAAUUAUUUUGGUAGAUGACUACAGUAAUGAUCCUGAGGAUGGUGCUCUCUUAGGUAAAAUUGAAAAAGUACGGAUACUUAGAAAUGAUCGCAGGGAAGGUUUGAUGCGUUCUCGUGUUCGAGGAGCAGAUGCAGCCCAGGCUAAAGUACUAACAUUCUUGGAUAGUCACUGUGAAUGCAAUGAACACUGGCUGGAGCCUCUUCUGGAGAGGGUAGCUGAGGACAGGACCCGAGUUGUGUCUCCUAUAAUUGAUGUGAUUAAUAUGGACAACUUCCAGUAUGUGGGGGCAUCAGCUGAUUUGAAAGGCGGCUUUGAUUGGAAUUUGGUAUUCAAGUGGGAUUACAUGACACCUGAACAAAGAAGAGCACGGCAAGGAAACCCAGUUGCUCCCAUAAAAACACCAAUGAUAGCUGGUGGACUCUUUGUGAUGGAUAAACUUUACUUUGAAGAGCUCGGAAAAUAUGAUAUGAUGAUGGAUGUAUGGGGUGGAGAAAAUCUAGAGAUUUCAUUCCGUGUGUGGCAGUGUGGUGGAAGCCUUGAAAUAGUCCCAUGCAGCAGGGUUGGCCAUGUCUUUCGUAAACAACAUCCUUAUACCUUUCCAGGAGGAAGUGGUACUGUUUUUGCAAGAAAUACACGUAGAGCAGCAGAAGUCUGGAUGGAUGAAUACAAAAACUUCUAUUAUGCAGCAGUGCCUUCAGCCAGAAAUGUACCUUAUGGCAAUAUUCAAAGCCGAUUGGAGUUGAGAAAGAGACUUAACUGCAAACCAUUCAAGUGGUAUCUUGAAAAUGUGUACCCUGAGUUAAGGGUACCUGAUCACCAAGAUAUAGCUUUUGGGGCCUUGCAGCAAGGAACCAAUUGCCUUGACACUUUAGGCCAUUUUGCAGAUGGCGUUGUUGGCGUCUAUGAAUGUCAUAAUGCUGGGGGAAACCAGGAAUGGGCCUUAACAAAGGACAAGUCAGUGAAACACAUGGAUUUGUGCCUUACUGUUGUAGACCGAGCUCCUGGCUCACUCAUAAAACUUCAGGGCUGUAGAGAAAAUGAUGGUAGACAGAAAUGGGAACAAAUUGAAAGCAAUGCCAAACUGAGGCACGUGGGCAGUAACCUGUGUUUAGACAGCCGAAAUGCCAAAAAUGGUGGUCUGACUGUUGAAGUUUGCAGUCCUUCACUAUCACAGCAGUGGAAAUUCACACUUAAUCUACAACAGUAGAAGGGCUCGCACAGAUAUACUGUCUCAUUUCCUAAACCUUGGGCAACAUUUUGAUUGCAUUACUGAUAACUUUAUAUACCUCAGUAUUCCAUCUUUGUCUGAAAGUAGGUGAUGACAACUAAAGUGAACAAAAGGGAAGCAAGUGAACUGGGGACCCUGCCAUUGUCUGUAGCUGCAGCACAGCUCACUCCUUCCGCCACGAAGGCUUACCAGUUCCUUUCCAGCUUCAAGCUAAUACUUACACAGCAGAUGAUUAACAUCCCUAGAAACAACAGAUGUACAAUAGAAAACUGCUUUCAACACACAGGAGGAGGGAGGGAGGGAAUGGUUGGGAGGGAGUAAAAUUGUUCGGAGAAGAUCAUUGGCAGUCUCCAUUUACAUAGAAAUCGGUGUUUGUGGUUUCCAGAAAUCAAAGAAUCGUUUUGAAGGUUUUGCCAUGUGUACUUUGUAUAUUUGACCAUGGACUUUUCUAUGACAGGACUCUAAAUAUAAACAUUAUAUAAAUAUAUAUAUAUAAAUAUAUAUUGUCAAACUUUACAACUUUCUAUCAAUUUUUCAUCAUCCUGUAAUUUAUCAAGAAAGCAUUUUAACACUUUACUGGAAAGUGGAUUGGACAGUUGAAGUAGAAGAACAAAACUCUGUGAAGAUGCAGGUUUGUGCUGCUGAGUUGUGUUCAUGCAAACACUGGAUGCUUUUGCUUUGUAAAGUGUGCCUACUUUGUGUUUCAUUCUUUUGGGAAACUCCAGGCCUCUGUAAAGAUGGUGAUGGAAUGGCAGAAAGAGGCUUGCAAGCUUCAUCUCACCAGCAUUGUCGCCUCCAGCUGAGGAAUUCAUGCAGUGUGCUCUGGAUAUCUGUAAACUUGGUCUUUAUGUUGGGCAAUUCUAGACUCCUUUGUCUUAAAAGAAUGGUUGUGUCUUUAAAAAAAAAUAAUAAUGCAGCUGUAAGGGUUUAGUCCUUAGAUUGUGUUCACAAUAUGAUUUUCUUUUUCCUGUUUAAAAAUUGUCAGAAUGACAGAUAGCACAAGACCACAGUAGCCUUUUCAUGGAAGUGUGAGCAGCUAGCAACUAAAUAUCAGCAUUGCAGCUGUUCUGCACCUGCUCUUGGAUUAUCAUGAUUUGGGAUUUCUCUUUGUGUCCUAACUAAUGCUCCAGAACGGGCUGUAGGACUAUAAUGUGGGUGCAAGUGGUACAUCAAAAGCAGUCAUUUCAGUCUAACUGCUAUUUUUAUAUCAGAGUGAUGUCAGAGGUGGCUGCCAGUUUUGACUGUUCUCCCCCUCCUUCCCACUGCCAGAUAUAGGCUUCUGAGGUGAAAAACAGCUUUAUGUAAGAUUUUUAAAUGAAAAAUGAAAGCAGCACUCCUAAGAUGCCCUCUGGUGAUUACAAAAUGACAAAGACAAAUUAUUAUGCAAUCAUGUCUUGACAGUGUUCUCUUUCGGGCCAUAUGGAUCUGAGUAUUUUACGAGCUGCAUUUCUCCUGACAGCUGCAGUAUUUGCAACAAAAUGUGAGCAUCCCUCCAUGCAAACAAGGACUUAAAAUUUUAGUACCCUGUUUGAAAUAGGCUGGUAUACAUUUGGAUUUGUAUGGCAUGCUUGUGGUCUCUGCAGGUACUGUUUUGAGAUGUUGUAUGAACAUUACAUGGUUUGGACCUCCAGCACGUUUUUUUUGGCUGAGCAAUGUGAAUAUAAUCCUUUUUCAUCUCAAAUUUCCCUUCUCCCUAUUGAAACUCAAAUAUGAGCUUGGCAGCAAAUAAUAGGUGUUCUUCUUUAGCAACCCAAGGCUUGCCAUAAAGAUGACAAUUCUUUGAAGAAGUCAUUAAUUUGAAGAGGAGUUAGCAUUGGACUUUUAACUUUUAACAGCAAAUUAGCUAUAUAAUCCAGUGCUUCAGAGAAAAACGUAGUAGUAAAAAUAAAGGUGCACAUUUAACACCUUUCUCCUUGUGAUUCAGAAAUCUGGCCAGCAUACUAACUGUUGUUUACUAGAGUUCUGGAAAAGUACUUUCUUUAUUGUUCCCUAACCAGAUUCACUAAUAAAUGUUCUUAAUGUCUCCCCACUCCAGAAAGUUCUAAAUGUGAGGUUUGUUUUUCUUCCCAUAUCCUAGACAUGUCAUGCAGAAAAGAUCUCGAUAUUGAGACUGUAGGCGAUACUGGGUGCUCCCUUGCUCAGAACAGAAACAUGGUGGUAUGAUGUUAGAUAUGUUUACAUGACACAGUGUGCCAAAGUUAUUUACUGUGACUUCAUUCUUUUAAGAAAAGUCUAUGGUUUUCAGGUGCAGUAUACCAAGGCUGUCAAACACAACCUCUGGGCAGUGGGUUUUACUAAGGGGUCCUGUUCAGAAACCUUUGAAAUGAAGUGAGGGUAUGUAAUGGCAGCCAAUGGUGAAUAUUAAUUUUAGAUAUUUAAAGUAGCCAAAUACUCUCCUCUUCCCGGCUCCCCAGCCCCAAACAAAUUGCAAUGCAAUGUUGUCUUUGUUCUAACCUUAGCUUUUUCAAAGCAAAAAUGAUGGUGGUACAUGUGAAUUUCAUUUUUCAAAUUAAAUAUAGUUUUGGAACUGUCGUUUCAGUUGAUUCUUUAAAAUCUGCUGUACAGAGCUUGUAUUUUGUUCAUUUUAUAGAUGGAAACCAUCCUUGAAAAAAACCUGUUUGUUUAACUUAAGAAAAUAAAUACUUUAUAGAUAAGAUA